AUGGGCUGGAUUGACAAUCUCAAUAGUCAUGUCGCCAAAUCGCCGGUCGGCCGGUGGUUCCGUCUCAGCGGCUCCGGCGCAGUCGUCGAGCGCGACAACUCAAAGUUCUCCGUCGAAAUCCGUGCUGGUCUGACGACAUUCAUCACGAUGGCGUAUAUCAUCUCGACCAACUCGCUCAUCCUGACCGACACGGGUGGUACGUGCGACUGUGACCGCGAGCAGUUUGGUGCCACGUGCGCCAAUGACCCAGCCUACGCGUCGUGCCUCCAGGAAAUCAAGAUGGACUUUAUCACGGCCACAUGCGCGAUCUGCUGCAUCGGCUGUGUCCUAAUGGGUGUUGUUGGUAACCUGCCGAUUGCAUUGGCUCCCGGAAUGGGCCUGAACGCCUACUUCACCUACACUGUUGUUGGAUUCCAUGGCACUGGCAAGGUGCCAUACACCAGGGCGCUGGCUGCCGUGUGCAUUGAGGGCAUCAUUUUCUUCAUCCUGUCGCUUGUCGGCCUUCGCCAGUGGCUUGCCCGUCUCAUCCCGGCCAGCCUCAAGACUGCCACUGCUGCUGGCAUCGGAAUCUACCUGGCAUUUAUCGGUCUGCAGUCGUCUGCUGGAAUCGGCCUCAUCACCGGCAGCUCGGCUACUCUGGUUGAGCUCGGUGGGUGCCCGCCCGAGUUCCGUGACGAGAAACAUGUGUGCACCUCGCAUCAUAUGGCCGGUGGGCCGACCUGGCUCGGCAUCGCCGGUAUCAUCAUCAUUACCAUUCUGAUGCUGUAUCGCGUCAAGGGCGCCAUUCUGGCUGGUAUCCUGCUGGUUGCCAUCAUCUCAUGGCCGCGUGGCACGCCGGUCUCAUACUUCCCCUACACGGAGAAUGGCGACAUUGGCUUCAAAUUCUUCAAGAAGGUCGUCACGUUCCAUCCGAUCCAGAACAUUCUAGCUAAAUUUGACUGGGAGUUGAAGGAUGGCGACGUGUGGCUGGCCCUGAUCACGUUCCUGUACGUGGAUAUCCUCGACUGCACGGGCACCAUGUUCUCGAUGGCCAAGUUUGGUGGCUUCCUCAACGAGCGCACGCAGGACUUUGAAGGCUCUGCCUUUGCCUUCCUCUGCGACUCCUCAACCAUCGCCAUUGGCUCCAUUCUGGGUCUGUCGCCGGUUUCGACCUUUGUCGAGUCUGGUGCUGGCAUUGCGGAGGGCGGCCGCACCGGUCUGACCAGCGUUGUCACUGGCAUCGGGUUCUUUGUCGCCCUGUUCUUUGCGCCUAUUUUUGCGUCGUUCCCGCCCUGGGCUACCGGUCCUGCUCUGGUCUCAGUCGGCGCCAUGAUGCUCCAGAACGCCGUCCAUGUCAACUGGUCGUACAUCGGCGAUGCAGUGCCUGCCUUUCUGACCAUCAUCAUGAUUCCCUUCGGGUACUCGAUCGGAUACGGUCUGAUUGCCGGCAUUGGGUCGUACAUCAUCAUCAACACGCUCGUGUGGCUGCUGGCCAAGGCGUCGCGCGGCCGCAUCGUCCCGCCAAACUACGAGGACAAGACCGAGUGGAACGCGUACCUGACGCGCGGCCGCUACAAGGCUAUUCCUCCGCCCUGGCUCCGCAGGCUCCUGCGCAUCAACGCCCCAGAGCUGUUCGACGACAAGUCGAGCAUUGACCGCGAGCUCAAGGCGCAGAUGAGCCAGAGCCGCGACAUCCUGUAA